CCCUUUCCUCCUCGGGCUCUCAGGUCCCUUCCCCGGAGCCAGCUCAGAUAGGAUUUCAGGAAGUGGUUUAGGGAAAUCAAGCAACAUUCCCUGCAGGCGGUGGUUGGGAACAGGCGGGGCGUUUGGGAAUGUCCCCUUCCUCCAGCCCGCCCCCCUUACCCUCAAGGACUUUGAGUGCCGAAGCCCUCUCUCCCUCCCUUUCUGGGCGCGGGGAGUCAGCGAGUCCCAUCGGGGACCCCUGUCACCGGCAACAGGAGAGGAGACGGUCUGUGGGGUCCAGGGCUCAGCCCUGUGCCCAGCUGCUUCAGCACUUGCGCCUGAAGGGAGGCGGAGUGGGGAAAUGAUGAAGACGGGUUUGCCAGCCCUGACCACAGCUGGGCAUUUGCCAGACCCUGGGCUCCUCUGUUGGAAAGAGCGGCCAGAGUGUGUGGCGGAGUGCAGGCGGGUGGAGACCCACGUCUGAACACAAACAAGCUUCGGAAAUAAACAACUUUAUGACCCUUUGAGGCUGGGUCAGCCCCUCAGGACACCAGCUCCAGGCCCUGGGUCUUCAUGGCAGCAGAGCCACUGACUGAGCUGGAGACCGCCAUCGAGACAGUGGUCACCACUUUUUUCACCUUUGCAGGGCGGGAGGGCAGGAAGGACAGCCUCAGCAUCAAUGAGUUUAAGGAACUGGUCACCCAGCAGUUGCCUCACCUGCUCAAGGAUGUGGGCUCCCUCGAUGAGAAGAUGAAAAGCUUGGAUGUGAAUCAGGACUCAGAGCUCAAGUUCCAUGAGUACUGGAGGCUGAUUGGGGAGCUGGCUAAGGAGAUCAGGAAGGAGGUGGCCCUAGAGAUCCAGAAGAAGUAAAGCUGACUAGCAGGGAUGGGGGCGGGCUGAGCAGGGCCAGGUGGGCUGGGCAGAACCCCACUUCCCCCCAAAUAAAGCUUCCUUCUUGAAACAAAAAUGUGCUACUUAUGGA